GAUUAACCACGCCACGCCAGACCUGUAUAGACGCCACACUUCUUCUUGUACCGGUAUUUGACAGUCAGAAUAAAGUGUGUUUCUCUACCAUAGGACCAGGAGACCCAGUUACCUCUGUGGAGCUGCCUAACUACAGUACCUACACAACCAGGAGGGCCUUACUCCCACAACAACCUCGUCCAUACUCUUUUCAUUUGGACGUCUUUGUUUGGGACUGGACUACUCAGGGAGGGAUAGACAAGGACUGAACAGCAACAGGAGAAGAGGACUGAGUUGUGGUUCUACCUCGACUCUAGUCCACUACGAUGGCUCUGGAGUCCAGCCAGCUGGACUGUGGGAGAUUGGAGCUGUUGGAUCUCCUCAUGGAGCAGCAGUCCGUCCCCGUGAGCCAUCAUCACCAAGGUCACAGCUACCAUGACGACCACAGCUGGCCAGUCACAGACCUCCAGCAGCCCUUGUCUCCAGUGACUGGAAUGGAAGACUUGCUUGGCCUCUGGACCCCAUCCCCCUCUGACAGUGGGAUCAGCGAUGACCCCCAGUCUGACACACUUGACAGCUCGUACCAGCAGCAGCAGCACCAUCAUCAUCAUCAUCAGCAGCAGCAGCAGCAGCAAUCACUGAUCACAGAGAUGCUACUAGACAGAUCGGAACCAGACAUUUCCAUUGACCUAGGGGAAUGGGACCCAGCCUUCUUCUCCAGUCCACCAGCCCAAACACAGCUGAUUAAAUCAAGCUUCCCCCUCACCGUCAAAGACCUGCUGCUGUCAGGAACCGCAGAGCAGUCUAAGCAUGGCAGUGCGAGCUCUCAGCAGGACCUGGUGCUCAAUGAGGACGAGAGGAAGCUGCUGGCCAAGGAGGGAGUCAGCCUCCCCUCACAGCUACCACUCACUAAGUACGAGGAGAAGAUUCUGAAGAAGGUUCGCAGAAAGAUCCGGAACAAGCAGUCUGCACAGGAGAGCAGGAAAAAGAAGAAAGAAUACAUUGAUGGCUUAGAAGCCAGAAUGGCAGCAUGCAACGCACAGAACCAAGAGCUGCAGCGAAAAGUGUGUCAGCUGGAGAAAAACAACACGUCUCUGAUGGAGCAGCUGCGUAAACUGCAGAGUCUGUUCAUGUCCAGUGGCAAUAAACCAGCACAAACUGGAACCUGUUUAUUGGUGUUACUGCUGUCCUUCUCUCUGAUCCUGUUCCCCAGCUUAAAGCCCCUGUCACGCAGCAGAGCCGCAGACGUCAGCUCAACCCACGUUCACUCCCGGUCCCUGCGCUCGGUGGUGGAGGUACCUGCCUUCUCCCCUCCGCUCCCCCUGAAGGUAGAGUUGGGUGCUGCAGCCACCCUGCUACCGAAGGCUCCCUCUACAGCCAGGCUGUAUGCCGACAUGGACCUGGGCACACAUGUUGCCGAGCGCAACCACAGUAACCUGGACAACCACCUGGUGCCCACCACUCACCCUGACCUCCACGCGCACCCACACGACCCAAUCACCGGCCACCCUGACCACCACGCGCACCCCCACGACCCAAUCACCGGCCACACGGGGCAGAGAGGCGGGGCCAUCGCCUGGAGCGGCCAUCAUGACGACAAAUAGAGAUGGGGGAAGCAGAGACUAGACUACCUAUGGCAACCUAGUCAAAGAAUUUAUUCUGCACAAUGGGAGUCGAGCAUGUACUGUCUGUCUGCCCUACCUGAAGUGAGUCGUAUGUGUACUUCAGACUCUCAAGUGAAGGCGUUUGAGAUGGUGGAUUGAGGGGUAAAAAGUGAAAUGGCCGGCACAUUUACAAUGUUUUUUCAACAUUGUAGAACUAUUAGAGAUUGCGAUUGCCUCACUGGGGAAAACAGGAGAGGUGACAUGUAAAUACACCAUCUUAAAUAGGGAAAUAAAAGCAUUCCUGAAUCAAAAAGUACAUUUGCCAAGUCUCUCAAGUGAAGGCUUUGUGACAGUGUAUAUUGAGAGAUAAAUUGUGAAAUGCCCAUCAGCUAUAAUGAUAGCAUUUACAAGACUUAAGUAGAUUGUAGAUCUACUUCAGAUUGAUAUUACCUCAGGAGAGAUGGCUUCUUCUAAAUACACUGUUAUAAAUCAGGAAAUAGGCCUUCCCGAAUCAAAAAUCAAAAGGUACAUAUGUGUAUCUACGAGUCACAUUGGGUAAUAGAUUGGAUUCCCUCCAUGGAUAUAGCAGAAGGACACUGUAUUCUUUAGAGCUCGCCUGUUGCCACAGAAACAUCUUUGCUAGCACUGGUGUCAUGCUGGCCUGUGGUAUUAUAUGGCAUGUGGUCAGGGCACCUGACUGAUUUCACAGGGCCUGGGACAAAGUCAUUUGACAGGGCCCCCGCAACCAAUACAUACAAUGUCAUGAGGACCCAAUUCUGGGCCCCUUCUUUCCCAGGGCCCGGGACAACUGACCACUUUGAACCCCCCUUGUCGGCUUCCCUGCAUGUGGUUAUCACAAAGGUCCAAAGAUGAUAGGUCUACUUGCUACCACACUAAAGCCCUUCGAUGUCUACUACAGCCUUAUGCAACUGUACAAUGUGGAGAGGCUGAUGUACAGUACGUACAGUGUAUUUAACAAAGAAAACUCUCAGUAUGAUUGAGAACUCUGCGCCAUCUGUCAACGUGUCAGGGAGAUGUAUGAUCUCGCUGCAAAUAUGGCAGAUAUUUGAAGCUUUCAGAUUAAGCGCCAGAACUUUGUGGAAAAAAAACCUCAGAGUACAUGGUUGAAAACUUUGUAACUUUGGAGAAUAUAACUGGAGUACCUUAUAAGCACUAUUGGAUUGAAAAGCCUGAAAACUUUGUUUAAAAAUGUUUUGAGAUAUGUGGACUUUGUAAAAGAACUCUUUAUAAAGAGGAUGACUGACAACUCUGUAUGAUAUGCCAUUACUGUAUAUGCAUGACUAAAAAUUGUGUGAAUUCUCAGAAUUAAAA